GCCCUGGCGGCGGCCCUGGGGGAUCGCCUUGGCAAGGCGUUGAUGCUGCACCACACGGCUGACGUCGCACUUGCUUGCCACAUGCAUCGCUUGGGCGAUGCGCUGCGCGCGGUGGCCAAGACGCUGGACGUGGACAUGGACUUUGUGCAUUGGGGCAUGGAGAUCAAGGGCGACGGCGAGAAGGCGAGGCACGAACCGCUCGUCGCUUUUGGCAUCCAGUUGGGGGUCUGCGUCGCGGAGCCCGCGCUGGAGCUCAGCGGCCAGAGGCGUUGGCUGGGAGUGCGGCGUGCGCCUGGGCUGCGCCGCGAUGCGGUGCCCUGUCGCCCGCCUUCCUCCUGGACGCCGCCGCGGUCAGGCGCUCAGCCGUGCGUGUCGGGGUGGGCGCGGACAGAUGUGCUGCUGGCCGAGCUAGGCUCUUCGAGCCAGGGGGCCGAGACGACUGCGCACGCCGACGAUCGCGCGGACGGGGUCGUCGAGGAUGCGUUCGCCGACGACGCCAAGCUGAACGGGCUGGGGCCCGAGGCCCUCGGGUCCGAGCUGGACGGCGUUGCGGAGCACGUCGACAAGACGUUGCAGAACGAGUUGGUGCUGGACCACCGCAUGAUGCGCCACAUCCUGGAAGUGGAGGCUCAGCUGCGCAGCUGGGAGGCGCUUUACAAGGUAUUCGAGACGGGCAUGUUCGCGCGGGCCCGCAGCAUGCUGGACAGGUUCGGCUUCGAGCCGCAUGGCGGGCCUGCUGUGGGCGGCGCCCCGCCCGCGCGGACAUUGGUCGAGUCCCCGCCCGACUCGGCCAUCCCGCGCACGGGUACGGGCGUCGCG